AUAAACUUUUUUUUUUCCUCCUCCAUAUAAUAAUCUUACUACAAUCAAUGUUACAAUCUCUCAAAUUAGGCCUAUACAAUUACAUUUAUCCCAAUAGUGUUGGACUGAUUUUAAGGAAACCCAAGUUUCAAGUUUUGGCUUCUGUGAAUUUAACGAUAAUGGGGUCUAAAAAAAGACCCUUUUCAACUUCAUCAGCUAUUGCAAAGUCAAAUGAACCAAUGGGUGUUGCAGCUGAAAAGGGUGUUUCAAAGGAAAAUGGUGACAAGGAGAUUCUUGUGGAGGAUAUGGAAACAGUAGAGAAAAUGACAGUUCCACAGCUCAGAGUGAAACUUAGGAGUCUUGGGAUUCCUUCCAGAGGUACUAAACAAGAGCUUGUUGCUUCUUUGAAGACAUUCCUCAACAGCAAACUUGAUGAUGCAGGCAAUGGAGCUGUGGCACGGGAGGAUCAAGUAUCAUCUGACAAAAGUGUAGGAGUAGCCGAUAACACUUCAAAAAGGAAGGCUAGAAAAGUGUCAAGUAACCAAAGCGAUGUUGCUGCAUCAGAGGUUUCUAGUACCAGGCAGACGAAAAAAUGGGUGAAAAAAGACAACACCAAGGAUACCAGUGUUGACAUUAUUGUUAAACAAGCUGAAAUUACCCAGGAGCUCUCCGCUGAAUCUAAUGACAUCAAAGGCAAGAAGACUGUACGAGGAAAGAGAAAAGUUUCAUCGGCGACUGCUUCGGCACACAUUGGAGUUUCUGAGGGCGUGGAUAUUUCUGUAAAUCAAGAUGAACCUUGGACUAUUUUCGCUCACAAGAAGCCCAAAGAUGGGUGGAUUGUAUACAAUCCUAAAACAAUGAGGCCACCUCCUCUUUCUAAGGAUACAAAACAUGUUAAGUUAUUGUCAUGGAACGUCAAUGGUUUGAGGGCUCUAUUGAAGUUAAAGAAUCUUUUGAUACAGCAGCUUGCCGAUAGAGAAGAUUUUGAUGUUCUGUGCUUACAGGAAACUAAACUACAGGAUAAAGAUGUUGAAGCGAUCAAAGAAAGUCUCAGUGGCUAUGAGAAUAGCUUUUGGACAUGCAGUGUCGCUAAGCUUGGGUAUUCUGGUACUGCAAUAAUCUCUCGGAUCAAACCACUUUCUGUCAGAUAUGGUCUCGGUAUACCUGAUCAUGAUACCGAAGGGCGACUUGUCACGGUGGAAUUUGAUUACUUCUAUUUACUGUGUGGAUAUGUUCCAAAUUCUGGUGAUGGACUACGACGAUUGACGUACAGAAUUACAGAGUGGGAUCCUUCUCUUGGCAAUUACAUGAAAGAGCUAGAAAAGUCAAAACCUGUUGUUUUGACCGGUGAUCUAAAUUGCGCCCACGAGGAGAUAGAUAUUUAUAAUCCUGCUGGAAAUAAAAGAAGUGCAGGCUUUACUGAUGAAGAAAGACAGUCCUUUGAAACAAACUUCUUAAACAAGGGGUUUGUAGAUACAUUCAGGAAGCAGCAUCCUGGUGUCGUUGGUUAUACUUACUGGGGUUACCGCCAUGGUGGACGUAAAACUAAUAAAGGAUGGAGGCUCGACUACUUCCUUGUCUCAGAACGCAUUGCUGACAACGUGCAUGACUCGUACAUUCUUCCAGAUGUAGAUGGCAGUGAUCACAGUCCCAUUGGCCUUAUCCUGAAGCUGUAGGUUCCGACCAUCGUUUUUGCUGAUUCCAACAUCUUGAUGUUUUUCUGAAGAGGGACCAUAACAAAAAACGUGACGAGAAUAUUCUCAAGAAGCUAUGUUGAGUAGAUAUUUUGCAGUUAAGGAUUUGACAUAUAAAUGGUGAAUCCUGAUUUUUGAAGUGGCAUACAAGAUCCUGGAGGAAGCACUGAGUAAAAAUUUUGGAUGACCAUAUCGUAUCAUGUAAUCCUGUCCAACCCUUUUUUGGUUUAACCAUAUGGUGCCUGGAAUAGGUUGACCCGACUAGUUCAGAUUUGCAUCGUAGAAAGCCUACUAUGUUGGUUUA